CUAGUUUCAGCAGCUGUUAUAUGAAGUCUGUGAUUUUUAAUAAACCUAGUCAUAAUUAAAAGCUACUUAAUUUUUAAUUUGAUUUUACUUGCAGGACAACAAUAGAAUAAACAAGAUGUGGAGUUUUGAAGGGGACUAUCGUCGGAAACCACAGCAGAGGUUGGGCGGUGCCAGCAAAACAAAGAAUUUAGAGCGCUCAGAGCUUCUUAAUCAACUUAAAUCUGAUAGAGAAGAACGAGAGAGGCAACGACGAAGAGAGGCAGCUGCUCUUACUAUUCAGUCAUGGACCAGGGCAAUGUUGAGUCGGAAAAGAACUAAACAAGACCUUCGGCAACAGUUUGACAGUAAAUUAGCACUGGCUAAAGUUCGGGGAAUAUCUGAUGCUUCAGCCAUCAAAUUAGUUGCCUUACUUAUUAGAAUAUUUAAUGCCAAAGAAGACUGUGAAAGAUUGCUUAUGACUUGUCAGUUGGUUGUACGAGAACAGCGUCAACUAGCAGAGUGGAUAUGUGGCUCUUUACAGCGCUGGAUGUACCUGGUGCCUCGGUUGUCUAACAUGGCUCUUAAAGUUGUCACUCACUCCACAGACGGUAUUGACACUUUAUAACUUACACAAUCUAGUUCUUUUUUUAUUUUUCUUUAUGUUUACCCUCAUGUGCAUUUAUUAAACACCAUUAACCCUUU